AUGCAUACCAACCACCAGGAACUUCCCAGUACCAAUGCAAGCAGUACUACAACUCUUGCGGAAAACCCAUAUGGCAGCCAUUCCAGAGAUAUCUCUGUCGAUGACGUCCACAAAGCUGAAGCCAUACCGUCAAACUCCCUAGACAAGGCUCCCGAUGGAGGUCUGAUAGCAUGGACUCAGGCCACCAUGGCCCAUCUAGUCGUAUUCAACACACGGGGGUUCGCAAACUCCUUUGGUAUAUUUCAGGCCUACUACAAGGGAUAUCUGGGGCGAUCUCGAGCAGACAUAGCCUGGAUAGGCUCCAUCCAGAUCUUCCUUAUAUUCAUGAUUGGGACCUUUUCUGGCCGUGCAAUCGACGCUGGGUAUUACCGAACAAUUCUCGUGGCCGGCCUGUUUCUGCAGAUACUAGAAGUAUUCAUGACCUCGGUGGCUCAAGAAUACUGGCAGAUAUUCCUUGCACAGGGUGUGUGUCAGGGUAUAGGAAAUGGGUUGAUAUAUACCCCAACUGUAUCGCUAGUCUCGACCUACUUUUCCAAAAGAAGGGCCAUGGCCAUGGCUAUAACAUCUGGUGGAGGUGCCACUGGUGGAAUUGUUUUUCCUCUUGUUGCCCAACAGCUUCUACCCAAAAGUUGCCCAAGGAAAAGUGGCCCCAUAGUCGAGUGGUCGGCUUUCCGAGAAUUACCAUACCUGCUAUUCUCCAUUGGCAGCUUUCUUAUCCUGUGGGCUGUCUAUUUAGCCUAUUCUUAUAUCAGCACUUUCAGUCACGAUAUCAUUGGAAUUUCUUCCUCUACCUCCCUAACCAUCCUACUUAUUACGAAUGCCGUUGGCAUCCCCGGUCGUGCUAUUCUUGCUUUCGUCGCUGACCGGUAUACGGGACUCCUUAGCAUGUAUAUACCAAUGUCGCUGGCAGCGGGCAUUUCCCUUUAUGCAUGGUCUGCAGUACGUGACCUGUCUGGUCUCGUAGUAUUUUCAGUCAUGUAUGGUCUCUUCGCCGCUGCAUGUCAGGGCCUUUUUAUAGCCUCUUGCUCCUCCUUGACAGUCGACCUUAGCAAGAUGGGCACCCGAACAGGCAUGGUAUUUACUAUUGUCUCCUUUGCAACACUGACAGGGCCACCUUUAGCGGGGAUGCUUAUAGAAAAGAGAAACGGCGAUUAUCUUUAUGUCCAAUUCUUCGGCGGUACAUCGUUCGUUCUAGGAUCGCUGAUAUUGAUUGGGGCAAGGUCCGCUCACACUGGGACCAACUGGAAGUGUCGUGUGUAA